AUUUGUUCUCCUCUUAGGGGGAUCUCAGGUGCCAUCCAACCUGAUGUGACGUAUGGUUCAGACACAUACGCUCGACAAGUCUAUUGGAUGGCUGAAGAUGGUCAACUGCGUAGCCCCGAGGACCUAGAGAAUCUUAAAAGGCGCCUAAUGCUUCCGGACUGGUACAACACGAUCAACGAUAAACUUACUGAGAACAACUCUCAUGUUGAGGAGUUUAAAGAUCAGGUGCGGCUUGUAGUCUGCCUAGGGGAUAAAGACCUUUUCUAUGAGACGUUCUUUAAGGGUAGAUUCGACCCUGAUGCCAUUAAAAACGAACUUCACGAGAUAUAUGAAGACAUACGUAUAUCUGAAAUGAGAGGAGGAGAUGAUAUAGAAGACGAGUUCCGUAGAUUGGAGGCUCUGCGCCUACGUGCAGCUAACGGAGAGGGAGAGUUACCAAUCAGCAUAUUUUUUUCGCAAGGAAACGAAAACUUCAACAACUUUAUUGGUAGGGGUGUUGCUAGACUCUGCGGCUUUGGAGAAGGCUGGAUUCUUCAUGCUGGCCUCGACCUUGGAGGUUUGAGGGUAGAGUGGGGCGUAGGUCCAUAUUCACCAUCCCUUGUGUUUCCUCGCUACAGCGUGCGCGCAAUCCUAGCCAAGAUUAUGGUGCCGAGAAAAUCCCUAUAUCAACGAUUUAUUGACGGGAUUCUCCAUCCCAUCUCGACCUUGAUCGAGUGGUAUUGUCGUCUCAGAGAUUUCUUUCUCUAUUUUCUUGGGUAUGCCAACCACACCUCGCUUUAUAAAAUUGCUGAAGUGUGCACCACUUACAACCGCAGCAAAUUCUGGGGCGCGGUCGGCUGCAACUGCCAGAAGUUUGUUUUAGAAGUUCUUGAUCGCUUGGACCUCAGAUUUGCCCCAGAGGGUGAAAUGAAAGCUUUCAUCGAUCGCAUCAACCAAGGUGACUACAACCUGAGCAUUACUGAUCCCAACGGUUUGCAAACCGUCUUCACGAGCGUCCGUGACCUCGAUGAAUGCGCAGAAGUUCAUUGGAGCUUCUUGCCUCCUUGGUCAAAGUACCUUUUGUGCACUUACAACAGCAUAUGCUCAGAACGAGCCAGUGAUGCGGCAGCAACCACUGACAGUCCUUGGGUACGCUCUGCUCUCAACAGGGAUGAGGUUCAUCAGGUCUGGAGCAGCCGUGUGCAAGAAGUUCAUCGCCUUGUUAAGAACUGA